AUGGCUUCCUACACCAUCAACGAGCCGCACCCGACCGUUCCCCAGAACGCCUACGCCCACUCGGGCCGCGGCGGCGCCGGCAACACCUUCCGCGUGUCGGCCGCCACCAGCGUCCCGACCAGGACCACCACCAACACUACCACUUCCCCAUCCUCCUCCGCCCGCUUCUACUCGGGCCGCGGCGGCGCCGGAAACGCCCACGAGGCGUCGGAGCGCGCCGCCAUGUCCCUCGACGCCGAGUACGCCGUCGCCGCCGACGCCGCCCGCCACGCCUCGGCCUCGCGGGGCUACGUCGGCCGCGGCGGCGCCGGGAACGUCUUCUCGCCUGCUACUGCCGCCACCCCGGGUGCCGCCGCGGGUAGCGCCCGCCGCGACUCGGCCAGCACCGACGGGUCCGAGAAGAGCAGCUUCUGGGGCCGUCUGAGCGGGAGCUACCGCCGCUAA